UUAAGAUUGUCUCGGAACUUUUGGAAAUGCGUCGCACCUGAAAGCUGAACUGACUUUCCAUCUUACACAUUACACAUAUUUUUCAAUAUAUCGUGCUGUCUACAGCGUACAACAUCCAAUCCACGCGACAAUUCCAUCUAUAUUCAAUUCGAGAUACAAUCCAUCUAGUGGCGUAUCCGAAUUGAUCAUAAUGGAUGCUGCCGCAAUAUCAGAGGCGACUUCGGAGCCACAAAUCGUCUUCCGCGGGAAAAAGAGAAAGAUGUACAGGCAGCGGGCAGAACCCAUAGGCGCCGACGACGAUGAAGCAACAACUAAAUCCACCGAAGCACCGUCAUCCGAAUCUGCUGCGACCACGUUUAACGCCCCCGCGACUCUCGAAGUGACCACGCCAAAUCAGAGCGAGAGUGCCGUUGCCGAGGAAGAGGAAGAGAAGGGUUUGUCCGUUGCCGAAGUUCUCCGUCUGCGAAAUGCGCGAAAAUCCCGACUGGGCGGCGUCAAGUUCGGCGCGGGAAAUACCCAUAGCUCGGGUGACGCCGGUACUUCCUUUGAAGGGGGCGAAGGCCUCGAUGAGCUAACCCUGAUGAUUCGCGAGGAAGAGGGCAAGGCCAUGGACAUUGCGGCCGGUGUCAAGCAACGCUUCGCGGCGCAGACGGGGCUUGCGACAGAGCUUGUGAACAAGCAUAUGGAGGAAUACAUAGAAGCCGAAUUGGCCAGGCGACACAACGCUACCGCCAUCUCCUCCUCCUCUUCGAGACAAGCCGGUGCUGGCACCGCACAAGGCCAUUCGCCUAACCAAGAGUCUCGUUUCACGGAAAUAGCAGGAAUAAUCCCGAAAGUGACGGCGCCUAGAAUCGAACAACGCAACAGAGCCCUGCAGGGACAGCUUAUGGAGAUCGACCUCGGCGACGAGGCGCGCAGUCGCAACGAAGCGCUGACGGAGCGCGCCCGACGCAGGCUACAAGGCGAAGCGGUCGAGGACGAGGAGCAGCAGAAUGCCCGUCCGACUAAAGUCCGUCUCGGCAAGGACGGCAAGCCCUGGCGCCCGCGAAACAGGCGGACUAGCGAUGAUAUCAAGAGGGACAAGUUAGUCGAGGAGAUACUACGCGAAAAUAGACUAGACGUCUACGAAGCCCCCGCCCCGCCCACCCAAUCCCUCGCCUCAGGCUCCGCCAAAAACGGUCCCGACGGCACCGCAUCCGGCGCCGCCGCCGACGACCGCAUCGCCGAGGAGUUCCGGCGCGAGUUCAUGGACGCCAUGGCUGAGCGCCAGAAGAAGCGCAAGAAGCCCUCCAACGCGCCCCCCGCACCCCCCGGCGGCAAGGGAGGUGCGGCCGGAGGCGCCAAGGACGAGGAUAUCCUCAGGGGCCCCAAGCUCGGCGGCAGUCGCAACGUCCGCGCUGCGAUGCGCAAUAUCUUGCUUGAGAAGGCGAAGGAGGCUAAGAAGGCGAGAUGAAGUGAGAACUGAGGAUCGAGGUUUGACGAUUGAUUGGUGGGUGGAUGGGUGGAUGGAUAGGAUGGACUGGACAGGACUGAACUACAUUAGUCGAACUUGGGGCUAUGGAAUGGGACCGGGGUAGGGCAGUGAAAUAGGGUGAGAGAGAGGUACGGCAAGGCGAGACGGUGGGUGGGAACUGGUGUGUCAAGGUCGGUCGGUAUGGAUAUGUUCGCUCUUUCGUCCAUUUGUUCGUUUCGACAUUUCUAACAUUUCUUCAUCUGUUCAUUUUUCGAUAUCUCCAUUUUCAUAACUACACUACACUACACUACACUACACCACACUACACCACCUACCUACUUUAUAUCGACCUGGAGUCAAAAAAUUAAAAUCACCACACCAUGAAUGGACACGGAAACGAAUAAGGAGACCCCCCCCCAAAAAAAACAAAAACAAAACCAAAACCAUACCUAGGUAGGAAUAAGGACGGAAAGGAGGGGGAGCAAGGGAUUAGUUACCUAUGUACCUAGGUUAGCAGGUUAGGGAGGAAGAGAUUGGGGAACAACAUAUACGCGGUUCCAGAUACCUACAUACCUACAUACCUACAUACCUAACAUACCUAGCUUACAAUAAAUUAUAAACAAGUAUGGGGAUUUCCUUACCUACCUACA